ACUAAGGAUGUGUUAUUUAGGAUAAGUGUGUUAAAAACCUGUCAAAAUUCCGCUUUUGUUUGCAAUCAAUCUGUUGCAUUCAUUUAAUUAAAAAUUUCAACUGAAAAUUUUCUAUUCGAAGCAAAUGCAAUUACUGCAAUAGAAACUAUGGGAAAAAGAAAAUCAUCGAGCAAUCCGGAGAUCGCGAAACGCAAAGCAGCUCGGCGGAAGGAGAUGAACAAACUUGCCAAAAAGCAAGCCCCGAUCACUUCGAACCUGCUGGAAAACGGGUUCACUCGGCAUGAAGUGGAAAAGCUCUGGCGUAGAUUUGCCGAACUGUUGUACGAACAUCCCAGCCUGGUUCCGGUGCGGUUUUGCUUGCCAAACUAUCCGCGCGAGUGGAUUUCCACGGAGAGCCAGAUGCAACCGUUUCGCGAUUUCAUAAACGAUUCCUUCCUGGACCAGUCCCAGUUCAGCAAGCCCGUCAGCAUCUUUUUCCAUGGUGGAUACGUGCUGGUGCUGAUGGAGGAGAACUUUAGCGCCAAUUUUGUGCGCGACUUGCUUCCCGAAAUGCGACGGGCCAUCGGAAUCGAGGCGAGGCAGCCCACGCUGCAAGAGAUUGGGAUUUUUCACGUAACCUGGGCCGACCGGAGUCCGGGAAUGUUUGGGCGAAACCGGAAGAAGUUUCACGAUGGGAGUCACCGCUGGGACGAUUGACCUUUUAAGUUUAUGCUUGGCGACAAGGGUUGAAGACAGUUGAAUUACA